AUGGCGACCGUCGCUGCACCGUCCACCAGCCUUCGCUGCUCCGUACUGCCCUCGCAGGGCAAGGCCGUCGCUGGCCGGCAGCUCGCAGUUGUCUCUGCCAGGCCCGCAGCAGCAUUUUCAAGGAAAGCGGCACUUGUCGCGAGUAAGGGCCUCGGGGGAGGAGAAGCCAUCUCUGGCGGCGUCCAUCGCCACGGCGGCAGCCACCGCCAUCUGCUUUUAAGGCGCCUCGAAAGUCCUCCCUCCCCCCCUUUUCCAACCCUCCCUUCCCCCGUCUCCCCCCCCCCCCCCCUCCCCUCGCCCCCUGUUCCUCCUUCCCCCUUUCUCCCAGGGGCCUCGGCGGAGGAAAAGCCGUCAUUGGCGGCGUCCAUCGCCACGGCAGCUGCCACCGCCAUCUGCGGCGCAUGUGUCGCCGUCUCGCUCGCUACUGCCGCUCCCGCCCUCGCUGCUCCCUCGCCCAGCCAGGUGCGCCUGCCCCCCCUGUCCAACGACCCGGCGCGCUGUGAGCGCGCGUUUGUGGGCAACACGAUCGGGCAGGCGAACGGCGUGUCGGAUAAGGUGCUGGACCUGCGGCAGUGCGACUUCUCGGGCGACAAGGAGAACCUCAAGGGCAAGACGCUGUCGUCCGCUCUCAUGUCGGGCGCCAACUUCGACAACGCCGACCUCACUGAGACCGUCAUGAGCAAGGCUUAUGCUGUUGGGGCCAGCUUCAGGGGUGCGGACUUCAGCAACUCGGUGUUGGAUCGGGUGCUCUUCAACGAGGCAGAUUUGACGGGAGCGUCGUUCCGCAACGCGGUGCUGUCGGGGUCCACGUUCAACGACGCCAACCUCACCGAUACAAUCUUUGAGGACGCGCUGAUUGGCUACGUCGAUGUGCAGAAGCUCUGCCGUAACCAGACGCUCGGGGAGUUCACACGCCUCGAGCUCGGCUGCAAGUAG